GCAUUUAUCUAUAGUUCAUGUCACGUAACUAUAACAAAAUGCGCGCAUAUGUGCUUUACGGAACCCAGCUAUAGUGUCUCUAUCAUUGUCGUGUUGUACUGUUGUCAUUACUGUUGUUAUUAUUUCAAUUAUUUCAUUACAGUGUAGGCAUUUUUUCACUGGCUUAUCAUGCACAGAACGACUCGCACGUCCUAUCGUAUAGGAAACCGUGCUAAUGGUGCUACAAAAGGAAGGCAGAGAUGUAACACAGAGAAAAAUAUAGCAAAGACUUUCUCUGUACACAGUAAUGAUGCAAGUUUAUUGAUACAAGAACAAAACAAGAACAAAUUGAAUACCACCAAAGAAGUAACAAAUAAUUUAAAAACAGUCGAAACACAAUCCAUUUUAGAAACAUGCAAAUCUUCUAUAGCAAUAGUUUAUUCUUAUAAUCAAGAUUUAAACACUGAAGUUACAAAAGAAAAAAAUCAAGUAGUUCUUUUUAAUAAUGCGCAAACUAUUUCAACUUGUGUUCAAGUAAAAGAAGAGAUUAUAUCUUAUGUAGAACAAUUUAAAACCGAUGAAACGCCAGUAGCUGUUCCAAUUCAUAUGCCUUCUACACCACAUAGAAUAAAAAUGCCAUCAGAAGAUUUAGAUGAGAAAGCUACAAUUAUUACUAAGGAAAAACAAUCUGUGAUUACAUUAUUUAGUCCAUUGCGAAUUAUAAAAAAGCCGACUCUACGUGGCCGUAAAAGAGUAGCCUCCAAUCAAUCCUUUAGUAAUCGUUUGUCAAAGCCGUCAAGCAUUGAAACAAAUCAUUCAAUUACUGACUACUUUCCAGUACGCCGUAGUGUAAGAAAGAGCAAAAAAGCUGUAUUGGAAGAAAAACAGCGUGAUUUAGAAAAUAAGGUACUUUAUCAAGUAGAAGAUGGUUUAGAGAUCAGAAAUUUUCCGGGUAAAGGACGCGGUGUCAUAACGACGCGAGAAUUUGCUAAAGGUGAAUUUGUAGUAGAAUAUAUUGGUGAACUGAUCAGCCAAGGAGAAGCAAAGGAACGUGAAGAAAUAUACGCCCAAGAUCAGAAUACUGGUUGUUACAUGUAUUAUUUUCAACAUCGUAAUCAACAGUAUUGUGUUGACGCAACAGCGGAGACUAAUAAACUUGGAAGAUUGGUCAAUCAUUCGAGGACCGGCAAUUUAAUUGCACGAAUCGUUGAAGUCGGUUCAAUACCACAUCUGGUACUUACGGCAAAAGAAAAUAUACCAAUCGGCGUAGAGAUCACAUAUGACUACGGAGACCGAAGUCGCGAAUCUAUUCGUCAUCAUCCAUGGUUGGCGUUAUAGCACUUCCAAUUUAUUAUUUAUAUAAUAUCGCUUUACAUUGUAAAAAAGAUUCAUUUCAUUUUUGUUCCUCUUAUGAAGAAAGUAGCGCGUAUGUUAAAUUAUGUAUAUAAAUUGUUUUGACAACGAGAUGGCGUAUUAAACACGCGACUUUGCAAGCUUAUAUGCUAAUAAAUUCCAUAUAUACUUUUUUAUUCUA